AACCACAAACAAACCCAAAUUAAUUUUGAUUUUGCAUUAUUUGUUGCUUUUGCUUUUUGGUGCAUCACUAAUUUCUUUUCUUUGUAGGAUCUUUCUAUAAACUAAGCACUAUGAGAUCCUAAUUUAAUGGUUUCAGUUUUUUAAGUAUGUACUUUGUCCCCCUUUCUCAUUCUCGUUCCGUCUCUCUGAAUUACUUUAAUAUUUUUUUCUUUAUUUGCUUGUGUUAAUCAAAUUUUAAUGGAUCCCAACCCACCACCACCACCAGACUGUAAUAUGGUCAUCAUCAACAAGAAUGACGGAGGAAUAAAUAUCAUGCAACACCAAGAGGAGGACUAUCAAGAAGAUCACCACUCUUCAUCAUCAAUGAGCGUUAAUACCGAAACUGCUCUGUUUGUCACUGAAUCUACAACAGAUCAACCCAAAGCAACAUCACUAGGUAAUAUAAAUGAUAACAUCAAAAACAGUUGUAGACGAGAUCUUCGUUACUGGAUUCUACUAGUGAUCACUUACGCAGCCCUUGUGGUGGGUUCAGUCUCAUCGAGUUUACUUUCAAGGUUUUAUUUCAUCCAUGGUGGUUCAAGCAGAUGGGUUUCGGUUCAAUCUGCUGGUUUUACUAUCCUCCUCAUCCCCAUGCUAUUCAACAAGGAUCAUAACAAACCAUGGCCCUUUUCAAGCUUCACUCUUAAACUGUUGUUAAUAUCAAUAGGCAUAGGUCUUAUGCUUGGGGUUAAUAAUUUGUUAUUCUCAUGGGGCGUAUCUUAUCUUCCUGUUUCAACUGCAUCUCUUCUGCUGUCAACUCAAUUAGCUUUCAAUCUUAUCCUCUCCGUAAUCAUCGUCAAACAAAAAGUAACCUUCAAAAACCUAAACUGCGUGGUUCUGCUAACCCUAAGUUCAGUGUUAUUGGCUUUGACACACAGUCACGAUAGGCCCGAGGGUGUCUCUCAAAAGCAAUACUUUUUGGGAUUCUUUUCUAUUCUGGGUGCGGGUUUGCUGUUCGCUCUGUACCUACCGCUUGUCGAUAUGAUUUACAGCAGAAACGUCAAGAGUUAUCAGUUAGUGAUGGAAAUGCAGUUUGUUACGGAAUUGGCAGCGACGGUGCUGGCGACGGUUGGGAUGUUGGCGGAUGGUGGAUUUGGGGAGAUGAAAAGAGAGAGCGUGAGCGGUUUCAAUCUCGGUACAGCUAGUUACUGGCUGACGAUUGGGUUCACGAUAUUUUGUUGGCAAUUUACUUUCAUGGGUACGGCGGGGUUAGUGUUCCUUACGACGUCACUGAACAGUGGGAUAUGCAUGACGGCGAUACUAUCGAUGAACGUGGUUGGUGGAGUAUUGGCUUAUGGCGAUUCGUUUGGUGGGGCCAAGGCGAUUUCUACAGUGCUGUGUGUUUGGGGGUUUUCUUCUUAUCUCUAUGGUGAAUACAUUAAGAUGAAGGACUGUAAAAAGAAAUCAUUACUAGAAGAAGAAGAUGGUGAUAUAGGGGAAGAAAAUAGAAUCGAAAUGAAGCCGAUGAAUCAUAAUCAAGAUUCACGUAACUGUUUUAAUUGAACAUUACUAAAUAUUAAUCCAUAUUCAUCCAUACCUUAUAAUCAAUUAAUUAAUAUUUAGCAGCAGCAAAAUGCUAUACAUGUUU